CACCUAUGCAAACCACUUUGUGUUACUGUACUUUAUCGUGACUUCUAACAAAAUCCUGAUCUCUACUUUUUGUCGUGUUUUUAGUAUCCUGUUUCCACACUAUGAAUGAAUGCGUGAUGACUCGCAGCUUCAGCUGUCCAAUACAGCUGCGCUGACUUGAAUUUAAUAACAUCAUGGUGAAAGUAUUUGUUGGCAGCGUGAACAGGGCGGAUGUUAUGGACUGUGACUCGCUGGGCUGCACAUUUCUCUGCAGCGCUUCUCUUGAAGAAUGAUAUUUUAUCCGAUUAUUGGAAAAUUAUGUAAGAAAGUCUGCACUUUCACGCAGAAAAAGAACUCGCACAGAGCUGAAAAAUGCCCAUGGGUCAUCAUUUCUCAACUGUGACCAUCAUGCUCCAGAUGUGUGUGAUGUUCUGUUUGCUGUCACUUGUCUUCUCUCAGUCAACGUAUGCCUCACCUAAGAAAGGUCGCAACAUCACCAUCCACUCCUCCCAGCUGCUCUGCAGUCUGCCGGGCCCAGCAGGGCCGGCAGGAACUCCCGGAGCCCCCGGAUCACCAGGGGCCAUGGGCCCCAUGGGGCCCCCGGGGAAGGAUGGUCCAGAUGGGAAAGAUGGAGAGAAGGGAGAAAAGGGAGAUGGAGGUGAUCCAGGAAGGCCCGGGAACCCGGGCAAGCCAGGUGUGAAAGGUCGUGAAGGUGUCAUUGGCAAGGCUGGACCUCGAGGACUUAAGGGGCUACGAGGACCACCAGGGGUAGCUGGUAAACGAGCACAAAAAGGAGAGACGGGUGACGUGGGCCAGCAAGGGCCUCCUGGAGGCUGUAACUGUGGCAGGGCAGCACGAUCGGCCUUCUCUGUGGCGGUGACAAAGAGCUACCCUAAAGAGCGACUGCCUAUCCGCUUCAGCAGGAUCCUGCUGAAUGAAGGAAAUCACUACAACGCAAGCAGUGGCAAGUUUGUCUGCGCCAUUCCUGGGGUCUAUUAUUUUACAUAUGAUAUCACUCUGGCAAAUAAGCACCUGGCCAUUGGGCUGGUCCACAAUGGACAGUACAAGAUCAAGACAUUUGAUGCGAAUACAGGGAACCAUGAUGUGGCGUCUGGUUCUACUGUUCUCCAACUGGAGCAGUCAGACCAGGUCUGGCUGCAGAUCUUCUACUCCGAGCAGAACGGACUCUUCUUUGACCCUUUCUGGACAGAUAGCACCUUCACCGGCUUUCUUAUUUUUGCUGACCAGGACUAUCUCAAUGAGGCUGAUAGAAAGGCGAACGCUCAGGAUGACAGUUAAUACUCCAUUACUGAAAUAUCUUUGUCUUAUUCUUCAUAACUGCCCUAUUUUGAAAUCAAAGUGUUAUGAAAGUCCGUGUCUGCAGAGAGAGCUCAGCUCAACAAUGGUACGCCUAACAGUAUAUUUCGGUUGUUUGUUGUGACACCAGGGGGCGCACGAGGAGAGGAAAAAGUCAAGUUGGUGAAAUGACUUGAAAUGAUUUGGUACUGAAAAUGUAUGUGUUGUGACUGCAGUAUUUUCCAUAGUGCUAUACUUAGGGCAAAAUUUCUUGAAAACUUCUCUAAUAAGUGACACAAUUAUUUUCUUUUAUAUUUAUCUAAGAGGAACCGCAAGGUUGCCAUAUUUUUCCGUUUUUCAGGAGAUGGCAUGGCACAGAGUCUUCGUCUGAAAUGCCAUGUAAAAAAUUAAUUUAUUUGUAGUAAUACUGUAAUUUCUUCAUUCAGCUUUUCGAUAUUUAGUGAUGCAUUAAAAUGAUAAUAAGUCAGUAGUGGCUAACAUGUUUUUAGCAUGCGUUACUGCAAUAUUCCUUAAAUCCACCAGGUGGGAGGGUUCUCUGGAUUAACAAAAAUAUAAGAAACGGUUUAAUUUCACUUACAAAAAAAAAAAAAAAAAAAGAUGAAUUAAGAAAACCGGGAUGUGAAUGAUGAAGAGAGAAGACCAACAGAGAAACAGACAGCUGUAUGUGUCUUGUAUUGUUGGCAAUAAUCCUGAUUUAUGUCAUGAUUUGGAUAGCUUCCACAUGCCGUUUGUUUUAGCUGC